UGUCCAAUAACCAUCCAUGCCCUCCUCCAUAUUGCCGAUAGCAUUGAGGAGACAGGCCCUGUUUGGACAUCAUGGGCAUUUCCAAUGGAACGAUUUUGUGGGCGUCUUCAGCCCAUAAUCAAGAGCAAGCGCCAUCCAGAUGCAUGCAUUGCACGAUACAUUGUCGAAGAGGCCCAGCUCACACAGGCAGCACUAAUCUAUAACAUGGCAGAAGAACUCUCAUUGCGCAAGCCACUGAAUGGAAUGGUGGCAGGGCAGUUCACACAUGAGUCCUAUCCUACCUGUGUGCUUCUCCCGCCACGACAAAAGGGGCCCGAUGCCAUAGAUGAUUCACUUUACAGCAAGAUCAUCAAGGCACUUGCAACAUGGUUGGAUACUACUCCCACUGUCCUCAAACGGGUCGUUUUUCACAACCAUAUGGAGCAAUGGGGAAAAGUUCGUCGGCUAGAGGGAGGAGACACUAUGAUAUGUGCAAGGCUUGUUAAAAAGCAGGUGGAUUCGCGUGAUGCAACUUUUGUUCGGUAUGAAUCUCUCGUGGAUAGAAAUACUCGUCAGCGAAACAUGCCAUCAAUCUUUGAAAAACAAACAUUUUACGGUCAGCUCCAGCACUUGUUUGUCGUCAAUGUGCCUGCCAAUCCAACUAUUCACCUCGAUGCACCCUUAACAAUAUUCUUUGCUGCACUACUUCUCUGUCUUCUGACUGCCUCAUCAGCUCACCUGGAUAUGCUCGACAUUCACUUCUACUCAACAAUGGGAACAUCUUUGGAUAUCGUAGACAUUGUCUGCAUUCAAUGUUUGGUGGGACGGGUGCCACUCGACGACAAUGGUCAGAGCUGGGCUAUAAUUGACCGGAGU